GCACAGAAAAGGAGAAACAGCAAGCCCAGGGUGCUUAGAAAAAGCAUUUCCAUUCCAAGCUAGGCCUAUGUGAUUAAAUUCUUACCCAUGUUUUCUGUAAGAACCAUCAUGCAAACAAGGGAUUACACAUUAUUUAACAGCACAGAUAUGGCAAACAGUUUUGAGAACAUAAUAUGUUGGGACCACUGGACGAACCAAUUAUUUUGAAUUAAUUUUGUUUACCACGGUUCCAGAUGUUUCUUCUUGAAACAAAUAGGCUUUUAAAAAUAGAAGAGCCCCAUCUUAUUUCUGAGGCUUCAUAUCUGCUGGCCACUGACAAGGGCCAGGCUGGCUUGCUCAGCAAGAGGCGGCAUGCCCACCUUUACCAAAGCUGGCCAGGGGCUCCCCAGACCAACACUCAGUGUUUUGGAGCCCUGCUCAAAGGAGCACAGUGAGGAGAGCUGCUCUGCAAGAGCAGGGUGACGACCACAGGUGCACUCUGCUUGGUAAGCUCAUUUAUAGCAAUUCCAGCUAAACCAAAAUAAUUACAUCCCCAAAACAAGGCAUGCUAUAUAUACUUGCACACAAGUGACUGGUUCCUUUGAAGCUGGCUGUGAAGAGAGACAAAUUGUCUGUCCUACAGCUGGUCCAGGAGCCAAAAUCUCUUAGGCAAGGUCAUAACGAAAACCACGUUUCUAUGACCGUUAAUUCUGGGCUCUGCAUGCCCAUUGCCAACUGUCUAAAUCUGACCAUAACCUCACUUCUUUCCAGCUAGCCAGAGCUUCACAAUAGACAAAGUGCUGGCUUUGCAACAGUAUCAAGACCACGGGUGACGCUCUCAGAAAGCCUGGCAAUACAGAAGCAGCCCAUCAGAGCCUAUAAAUAUAGCAGUCUCCAGCAGCAGCGGCUUUACAUCAGGUCAGCAGUAGCCCAUGGCCACUGUGGACUUUCAGCACAGCCCAGAGCCCAAAAGCCACCAGACCAUGGCACAGAACAGCAGCAGGAUUCAGACGCUAUCAAAUACACACCCCAUACUUUCUAAAAUGCCUGCGUACGUAUACACAUAUAUUAUAGAUACAUGGGUCUCUGAAAAAGCAAAUAAGGAUUUCCAGGCUACCAUAUCCAAUAAGCUCAUACUGCUCUAUCCCUGUUGUGGCAGCUUCAGUCUGUACAGGUGUAACUCUAAAGCAGCUCUAGCAAACCCCAUCUCUGUGGUUUAGGCCAGAGAAGUUUUACAAAGCCCUUCUAGUGUAAAAAGCACACUUUUUCUGCUCCUCCACAUCCACCAGCGGGAAAAAAACCUGAAAAGCCACUUGUGCUUUCAGACAUUUUCUUUGGAGAGCAAAAGGCAAGGCGGACAGCGGUGCUCAUGGUAUAAUUUGGGCAGCUGAAACAUGCUCAGGUAUCUGUGGCUGUUCUUUGUUAGACCAGCCAAACUCAGGAGUGAGGUUGCAGCCCCUGUCCCUGUGCAAAAUGGUGCAGCAAUGUGAGCAGAAAAGAGCCUGGAGAUGCCCAAGCUAAUGGCACGAAGUGCUCAGCUGAGCAGGGCUGCCGAGACCACGGCUGUACUCUUGAAACACGCAAAUAAUAACAAUACAAAAAAACACAACAGGAGCAUUUUAGAUGAAAACAGGCCCAUCAGAAACAACUUUGGGGUAUUCAGGGAUCUCAGGGGUCCAAAAAUGCUAAAGCUGAGGCUAAGCAGUUAACAGUUUGGGAGCAGUACAAGGUCUUCAUGUUGUUUCAGCAUUAUGUGAGCCUCGAUGGAGAUCAGACCUGCUUGUGCUGGGCUGCCGGCACAGACCACGCUAGGGAGCACACACAAACCAAAUGGACAAGCCAAGGAGAGCAGGAGAAACAAAUCAGGGGAGAAAAAAUAAUCUUCCCAUGGGCAAAGCAGUGGCAAAGCUGAGGUUUUAGUCUGUUUUCAGCCUAUGGUAGUGCCCUUAUUACCAAACCCUGCUGCCGUUUCCACCCAACUGCUCUUCCCUAAGCAAGGGAUGAUUUACAGUGCUCAUAUCGAUGAGCUAAUGCUUCCUCACAGCAAUUAGAGUCAGGAGGAACCAAGUGCAACAUAAUCACUGAAAAAAGAGUCCGGGAGCUCCCAAACUGCUCCAGAAAGUUCUGUGUCCCUGUGCCUCCUUUUACUCAGGGAGAAGGAGAGGCCCUCCUGAAGUUACACAGCAGGCAGAGCCAGAAAUACAGGAUUAUUGGAAGUAUUCUCACACAUUUUCUCUAGGAGUUUUAUUUUGACCUGUUCUGGCAUUCCUGUGCACUACUGAAACAUCGCAAUUUCCUUCACUGUUAAAAAAAUCAAAGAAAAGGCUGAGGUGGAACAGUGGGAGAAGGUCUACAAGGGGGUUCCAGAUGCUCAGAUCACACAUUGCUAAGCUAGAAUAUUUGAUCCCUACCACCCACAUGGCCAGACCUCUCCUGCAAAUUCUUGUGCAUAAUUACAUCAGGCAAGCAUAAAAUUAAAUGCAACUCCUAACCCUGGAAAAACAACCUAUGCCCAGCUUUUACCAAUAAACUUUGUUUCGGGUAAGGAACCCUUCAUUGCACAAGCGCAGCUGAGCAAGGUGGAUCCCUAGCUUUGUGCAGGUCACUCCACGUGCUCUACCAAUCCAGUUUUGAUGCAGCUACAAUCUUUACUUGCAAACCACUCACUGCUGGAGGAGGUCUGGUCCUGAGCAUCCAGGACAGCAAGAUAUUUGCGUGCUCAUGAAGCGGGCAGGCAGACGAAGAUACUGUGCAAAAAAGCUCUGGCUCCCCAACACUGCAACAGUGUUUACCGCAGAGGUUCACAUCCCAGUUGUUGGCAGAGCAGAGCCCCCCAGAGAAAAGCUGGCUGUCCAGAUGUAAUUCCAGAGGGAGACCCCAGGCCAUCUCUCUCGUCACCCUCCCUGAUUUGUAUCUACUUGGUUGUCCCGUUCAGAAACGACAACGAGGAGCCCGCAUCGCCGUUGUUUGAAAUUGUAGAUGAGCUGUGCCCUCUAGUGGGGUCUGGCUCACCAGGAGCCGGAGAAGGGCUCGUCCAGGAGGCAGAUGCCCCAGCCCAUGCAAGGGGCACACUCCCCUGGGGUCCAGAGGACUCAGGGGCAUCUAUACCAGCCAGGCCAUAGCACUUUGUGCAGGCAACUCCUUUACACCACUUCCUUUUAUAAAAGACCUUAACAAAGGCAUCCAAGACGUAACAUCUGCUUGGGCAGAUAAGACUGGUAUGAAAAUAACAGAGCAUGAGGCUGGUGCUUACUGCAGCAGCACAAAUUAGAAAUGAAGUUUCCCUUAGCAGCUACAAGGCAACCCUUUCAUAAGGCUUCAAAGCCUUCCAGCCGAGACUGAGAGCUUAAUUUUCUGUUAAGAAUUAGAGGCUUAGUUUAGGUGCGUGAUGUUACCGCGGUUUGUAGGUCUAAACCAGCAGGUAAAUGGGAACAGACUGCCUUUGAGCAUCACUCCUCACUGUGGGCAAGGAAUCUGUGGCUGCAGCAAUCCUAGCCUAAGGUAUCCAUGCCUCCAGCUCUUCCCAAACCCUGAAACACCUUUCUAUCUCUCUACUGUGCCUGUGGGACUGUUCACAGGGUCAUGGUGAGACUCCUGCUGAAGAACUGAUCUAUCCGAAGCACUGGAGAAAAAAAUAAGGUUUUAAGUCAGCUCAUUUUACAGCACAACCAUGUGAAAAAAGUUAUGGGAGAGGAUGGGAGCACAUAAACUGUUUCUGUGCUGAAAAAGCAAUACCAGCCUCAGAUGGUUUGGGCUUUCAUAGGGUUGGUAGGAAUAGUCUUCAAAAGAUCCCCAAAUCCCGUUCUAGCUUCUGCAGAGCUGAUGGGAAUAGACCUGGGAAGGUAAACACUUUCCUUCUGGGAAAAAAAGCUGUGUGCAGGGUAAGAUCUGCUCUCAGGCUGGAGGUGUACGUGGGUAUACUCAAGCCAGGUUUGCUGUGACAGUGCAAAUCCAUGCAUGGACACACUCCCGAGCAAAGGGAAACACUCAUUUGGCUUGCAGACCAAAACCUUUCAUAGUGAUACCACUUGGUGCGGGAACCACUGCUGCAUGAAGCCUGUGCAACUCUCAGGCAUCUGUACAUGACAUUUCAUCAUAGAAAUGGGAAGUAAUUGAGCUGGAGCAGCCAGGCCUUGGAAGUCACGAGACAUGCUCUUCUUUUCAAAACUAGGAUGUGCUCUUUUAAGCUUGCUUGUAGGGCUCCUGCUUUUCACCCUGCUCCCUGUAGCUAUUAGGACUAGAUUUUGUAAAGUCUGUUUCACUUCCAGAAAACUUUAGGAGCUGUUACUUGAAGGAAAGACAUUGCCUAUGACAAGAUGAGUGACAGAAAUACAAAAACUAUCUUAAUUUAGAUUUUUAAUUAUCAGAUCUUCCUCUCCUUACUCCAGACCUGUUAUCCCAAUGCAUUAACUUGCUGUGAUUUCAUUCUCAAGCUAUUAGAGCUUUAACAAGAGCAGCCUUCUCCAAAGCACCAAGCCCCAGCUGCCUGUGGUAACAAGCCGUUCCUUUAAUUAAAGGCAGUAAAAGCCUAAAAGCUCAGGUUUUGCUCUCUUUGCACUUCCCCAGCUCAUCUGCUGAAGUGCUUCGCAAAAGAAGCGGGUAGGCUGUCACCUACCAGCUGGUAAACCAGCCAGCUCCUGAAAACAAAUUGCCCCGGCAAUCCUGUGUCCAAGUUAUCCGAGCCUGUACCCUGGCACCAGACCAAAGCCAGGUCUAACGUGCGUCAGCAGAAACUGCCGUACUAUAAAAACCCAGAGAAGGCCAGAUCCCUGGCACGCCGUGGCUCCGGCCAGCCCAAUACCAGCCCUCCCCUGUCUCAAACCCCAGUGGUAGGCUGUGGGCUGCUUUUACUCCCCAUGAGAUCCUGAGGCACGGGGAAAAACCCACCCACUCAUUCAUCCAUCUAUCCACCCACCCACCUUCAAACCCCAGUAUGCGAAUCGGGGGCGGGGGGGGCGGGAAGGAGGGAGUAUAGGGGGCAUGGCCAGCAACCCCGCUCAGUGUGACAGCAGCCCUGUGGUCCCAGCUUGCCUGGCUUGCCAGCAGGUCUAAGGUUCACUGAUCUCCGGUCGGUCGUCUCUUCCCUUUGACACCACUCCCCAGGAGCCGCUGGCUGGUUUCACUUUUAUCCACCCCUGGCACAGAGAGGGUUGGGCAGCUGGAGGGGGCCAUCGCCCCACCACCCCUGACACCACGGACUGGAGCACUGGGAGGAGAGCAAGGCUUCAGAAGGGCAUGGCACAGGAAGCAAUGCCAGGCACGUUCCUGGAGGGGAUUCACCCCACCUACAUCUACAAGGUGGUUCUUCUGGGGAGCACAUCAGUGGGAAAGUCAAGCCUAGCCUACCGAUACGUGAAAAAUGACUUCAAAGAGUCACUGCCAACCGUGGGAUGCUCCUUCUUCACACAGACACUCAAUCUGGAGGUAGCCACUGUCAAGUUUGAGAUCUGGGACACAGCAGGCCAGGAGAAGUACCACAGUGUCUGCCACCUCUACUACCGGGGUGCCCAUGCUGCUCUCCUUGUUUACGACAUCGCUAACAAGGAAACACUCAACAGAGCAAAGCUGUGGCUGAGGGACCUGGAGAAGGAAUUCCUUCCUGAUGAAAUAGUCAUUGCUUUGGUGGGCAACAAGAUGGACCUUGCUGCUGAGCGAGAAGUUGCCACCGAGGAGGGAGAAGAGUUUGCAAGGACCAAAGGCCUCCUGUUCAUGGAGACAUCUGCAAAAUCCAACCACCAAGUAAAUGAUAUCUUUAUGGCCAUAGCCCAAGAGCUCCUGCAGCGGGAACGACAGAAGGCAUCAGCCCCAUCCCUACACGGGAGGUCAACAGUUGACCUGGGGGAGAGCAGGGCAAGGACAGGGUGCUGCUGACUCUGAAGAUGGGCAGUUCUGACCUCAGCAGUGGCUGGAUGAGGUCUCCAACAGAAGCAAUGACAAAACAGGGGGGACACAGAAGCAGCUCAGACCAACCACCCCCCCCCCCCUCAGAGCAACAUCAGAGCCCAUCCUGGGGGCACAGGGGCCUCUUCAACCCUCUAGCACUGGCUUCAUCCAAGAGGUAAAGCACAGGGUUUCUUCCAUCAACUUUCUGCUUCCAGAGAGGAGCAUGAUCUACCAGCACCACUGCCACCAGCCCUGACUGGCAACAUCCCCCCACCCCAGCUGCAUGUCAUCUCCUCCAUCUCCCUUCCUGUCUAAAAAGGGAGGGGUUUCUUUCCAGAGCAAAGCAGGUGCAUCCCAGUGGCUUUAAACCCAGGCUGCAAAUAAAGAGACUAUUGCCCUGAA